CCUCCCUCUCAAGUCUCUUAACUCUCAACCACCAAAUCUCAAAACACAAUAACUUUCACACACAUAUAUUCGUAAGCCGAGCUCUUAUACAGAUAAGCUGGCUAUAUAGCUAGUAGCCAUAAACCCGUCCCUGAUUUCUUUCUUUGUACGGAAACCCUAAAUCGCCAUUAAUGCUCACAGUAAGACAAGCAAAGCUCCUCUCUCUACUGCAACCAUUUCUGCACUCUCUGAAAAAGCUCCAUUUAUUAGUGUCCACUUCUUAGCUCCAACCUUUAUCUCACUCUCUGAGGACUUAUUUUUCCAACUUCCAGCUGGAAAAAAAAAAUCCCCAAUUUCCGUUCAAUUGAGGCCACAAAAUCAAUUUAUCGCUGCGAAAUCUUCCAAAUCCGGUGGUUUAAGAGGUUCGUUUCCGAUCGGUACAUGAAAUCGGGCGGAAAAUGUCAGACGAUUCGCACAGGAACUCCGAUUCAGAGGGAUUGUACUCCGGCAAGAGCUCGAUGAGCAGCGACACCACCGCAACGACGGCCGCCAUCAGCCACUCCUCCGCCAGCCUCGGCCGCCUCUCGUUCGAGCUUCCGGAGGGUUCGCCGGAGCAGGCGGCGCUGCGGACGCAGCGCGCAUCGGACUCCUCGGCCCGCGGGUUCCGCGACUUCAGCCUGGUGCGGCAAAUCGGCAGCGGCGACAUCGGCCGCGUCUACCUGUGCCGCCUCCGUGGAGCGGCGGACGACGGGCGGCUGUACGCGAUGAAGGUGGUGGACAACGACGUGCUGGCCCUGAAGAAGAAGACGGAGAGGGCGGAGGCGGAACGGAGGGUCAUGCGGCGGCUGGACCACCCGUUUUUGCCGACGCUCUUCGCCGAGUUCGAGGCGUCGCAAUUCUCGUGUGUGGUGAUGGAGUACUGCUCCGGCGGCGAUUUGCAUUCUCUCAGGCACAAGCAACCGCACAAACGGUUUUCCAUCAGCUCAGCGAGGUUUUACGCAGCUGAGGUUCUUGUAGCCCUAGAAUACCUCCACAUGCUAGGAAUAAUCUACCGAGACCUAAAGCCCGAAAACGUGCUCGUCCGAUCCGACGGCCACAUAAUGCUCACCGAUUUCGACCUCUCCCUCUGCUCCGACUCCACUGCCUCCCUCGAAUCCCCCGACUCCUCCUCCUCCUCCCCGAGCCCACCCUCGGCCCGUUUUGCCUGCCUCCCGGCGGCCCGUUUAUUCCGUUCCCGUAAAGUCCAGACAACAACUGCCCUUGUAUCGGGCCUCCGGUUCGUGGCCGAGCCCGUUUCCGCCCGCUCAUGCUCGUUCGUCGGGACCCACGAGUACGUGGCGCCCGAGGUCGCCUCUGGCGGGCCCCACGGCAGCUCGGUCGACUGGUGGGCCUUCGGCGUGUUCAUCUACGAGAUGAUCUACGGCCGGACGCCGUUCGUGGGGCCCACCAACGAGACCACGCUGCGGAACAUCGUUCGGGCCCCGCUCGGUUUUCCCGGGCCUCCGAGCAGAGAGGAGCGGGCCGCGCGGGACCUGAUCGCGGGCCUGCUCGAGAAGGACCCGGCCCGGAGGCUCGGGUCGAGGCACGGGGCGGCCGACGUGAAGACGCACCCGUUUUUCAAGGGGAUGAAUUUCGCGCUCGUCCGGUCGGUGGAGCCGCCGGGAUUGUCGGGGAUCAGGAGGCAGAAGACGGCUCCGGCACGGCCGCAGACGGCGGUGUUCGGGGUCUUUUGAUUUUGAAAAAAAUAUAUGUAUUUUUAGUAUUGUUGGUUUAACGCUACAGUAAUUUUUUAGUCAUAUGGUUUCAAAUCAUGUGAUUUAAUAUUUUGUUGCAAUUUUAUUCCUUUGCGGAUUGAAACUGCAACAAAAUUUUAAGUUACGG